AUGCCGCGGAUAGGCACCGGCGUGGCUGCGGAUAACUCGACUCGACCAAGUAUCGAAGCCAGCGGCACGUCUUCGAACUCCGGUGAAAGAAAUGACGUCACAAAGAGCAUUUACACGAACACAUUCGGCACCACGAAAGCCGCAAAUAGCAUUCACAAUAACACAUACAACACUACAACUACCAUAAACAACAUACACAGUAGCACAAAUAACCCAACGAAUACCGGUAUUAGCAGUUCGAAUUUCGAUACUACAGUUACGAGUGCAGUUAGUGGAGGUGCUGAGCCUGUUGACAAUCCCGUCACUGUGACUGUUAACAGAGAUGUUCCCACCACAGCAUCCGUUGAUAUUACUAAUCCUGGCAUCGUUAGACAUGAGGUUUUGGAAGUUGACGCAGUAUCAGACGAACAUGUGGAAGCGACAUCAGAUAUUCUGGACGAGACGACAACAAUGGCUGAUAUCACGCCAGUUAGUGCCUCGGUUGCUGACCUUGCUGAUGUUGACGCCGAACCUACUGACACAGCGUUGGGUGAUGUGGAUUCAACGGAAGGCGACACAGCUACUGAUGUUGCAAUUGUUGACUCGACUGGCGCCGUGAAAGAUGUUGGGAUAACAGGAAGUGACGCGACUGAUAGCACGACAGAAGCUGACACGACUGUUAGCAUGGCGAGAGGUGACAUGACUGACACAACAAAUGCCGAUGCAACAGAAGUCGAUACUGAUAUAAAUGCACCAAAAGUCGAUGCCAAUUCAUAUGAAACAGAAACUGAAACUGACGCUACACACACUGAUGCUCCUGCCGGCAGAACAGAAGCUGACACUAUCGUUAAUGGAACAGCAAUUGACACGGCAGUUGAAAAUGAAGUUGGCCCAACUACUGAUGCAACAGAAGAUUACAUUCCAACAGAAUUUGGCCUUAUUACUGAAGCAGCAGAGGUUGGCUCUUCAUUUGAGACAGCAGAUGCUGACACUGCUAUUGUAACAACAGAAGCUGACACUGCUACUGAUACAACAGAAGUCACUCCAGUUGACACAAGAAUAGACUCAACAGAAGUCACUCUUGUUGACACAACAAUAGAUACAACAGAAGUCACUCCUGUUGACACAAGAAUAGAUUCAACAGAAGUCACUUCAGUUGACACAAGAAUAGAUACAACAGAAGCCACUCCAUUUGACACAACAAUAGAUACAACAGAAGUCACUUCAGUUGACACAACAAUAGAUACAACGAUAGCAGAAGUCACACAACAGAAGUCACUCCAGUUGACAAGAAUAGAUUCAACAGAAGUCACUCCUGUUGACACAACUACAACAGAGUCACUCCUGUUGACAAUAGAUACAACAGAAGUCACUCCAGUUGACAAGAAUGGAUUCAACAGAAGUCAGUUCAGAAUAGAUCCUCCAGUUGACACAACAAGAAUAGAUUCAACAGAAGUCACUCCAGUUGACACAAGAAUAGAUUCAACAGAAGUCACUCCUGUUGACACAACAAGAUAG